CGCCUUUUCAACAUUACAGGAAGUGAAGUACCCGCAGGGUUGUGGGGGGCGUGGAUUUACCACUGCUUUUGAUUUCUUGGUGUUGUUUUUUGUGUCUAAUAUCAUGACAUCGUAGGUAUCGAACCGGUUAGCCAGAUGUUUUAGCGCAACGUUAGCGUUGUUCGUUAACUUGUCGUUUUCUUCUUCAUGUUGCUAGUUUUGGGGCGUAGCAUUAGCUAGAGGCUAGCUAGCUAGCCAGGAUUAGCUGAGCUUUUUUGUAGCUAACAGUUCUCUGGAGGACAACAGCCUCAGUCUUUAACAAAGAAGACUUGGGUAAGAGUAGUACCAAUGUCACUCCAGAUUUACAUGUGGUGACAGAAGUAUUAGCACUUAUGCUGGGGCAUUAACAGCGUCGUUAAUCGUUCACGUCCCUGCAGAUGAGUGGCCCUGACAUCUGAUUGAGCCGGGGAGUUAGCAAAAACAUGUCCUGUAAGUCAACUAAAGUGGCUCCGAGUGUUGAUUUCGACCACAGCUGCUCUGACAGCGUGGAAUAUUUGACACUUAAUUUCGGCCCAUUUGAGACUGUUCAUCGCUGGAGAAGACUCCCUCCGUGCGAUGAGUUUGUUGGUGCAAGGCGCAGCAAACACACUGUGGUGGCUUACAGAGAUGCAAUAUAUGUGUUCGGGGGAGACAAUGGCAAAAACAUGCUGAAUGAUCUCCUUCGCUUUGAUGUGAAGGAUUGUUCCUGGUGUCGAGCUUUCACCACUGGAACGCCACCUGCCCCCAGAUACCACCACUCAGCUGUGGUCUAUGGCAGCAGCAUGUUUGUAUUUGGGGGCUACACUGGAGACAUUUACUCAAAUUCAAACCUGAAAAACAAAAAUGACCUUUUUGAGUACAAGUUUGCUACAGGACAGUGGACUGAAUGGAAAGUGGAGGGAAGCUUGCCAGUGGCCAGAUCUGCACAUGGGGCCACAGUCUACAGUGAUAAACUCUGGAUAUUUGCUGGUUAUGAUGGAAAUGCCAGGUUGAACGACAUGUGGACCAUCAGUCUGCAGGACCGAGAGCACGCGUGCUGGGAAGAGAUCGAUCAGAGUGGUGAAAUUCCGCCGUCUUGCUGCAACUUCCCUGUCGCCGUAUGCAGGGACAAGAUGUUUGUGUUUUCUGGACAGAGUGGAGCCAAAAUUACUAACAACCUCUUUCAGUUUGAGUUCCAAGGCCACAUGUGGACACGUAUACCAACUGAACAUUUGCUGCGGGGCUCCCCUCCACCUCCGCAGAGGCGCUAUGGACACACUAUGGUUGCCUUUGACCGCCACCUGUAUGUAUUUGGAGGUGCUGCUGACAACACCCUGCCCAAUGAGCUGCACUGCUAUGAUGUUGACUCUCAGACCUGGGAGGUGAUUCAACCCAGCCAUGACAGUGAGAUGCCCAGUGGGAGACUCUUCCAUGCUGCUGCUGUGAUUCUGGAUGCCAUGUACAUCUUUGGUGGGACUGUGGACAACAAUGUCCGCAGUGGGGAGAUGUACAGAUUCCAGUUUUCAUGCUACCCAAAGUGUACCCUCCAUGAGGAUUAUGGCAAACUAUGGGAGAACCGUCAGUUCUGUGAUGUGGAGUUCAUUCUGGGCGAGAGUGAAGAGAGAGUCUUGGGGCAUAUCGCCAUAGUGACUGCAAGAUGUCAGUGGUUGCGGAAGAAAAUCCUGCAGGCUCGAGAUAGGCAGCGACAGAAGACAAAACAGGAGAGCAGUGAGGAUGAAGGAGCAGCUGGAGGCCCAAAGGAUAUGCCAGCAGGCAACAGGCCAUCGGGCACACAGCCGCUGCUGGAGGUAUCCAUCAGAGAAGCGGAGGCUCAGCCUUUUGAAGUCUUAAUGCAGUUUCUCUACACAGACAAGAUCCAGUACCCUCGCAGAGGUCAUGUGCAGGAUGUUCUCCUGAUUAUGGAUGUGUACAAACUGGCCCUUAGCUUUAAGCUUUCCCGGCUGGAGCAGCUCUGUGUGCAGUACAUUGAAGCAUCAGUUGACCUGCAGAAUGUUCUCAGUGUCUGUGAAAACGCCAACAAACUGCAGCUCGACCAGCUCAAGGAACAUUGCCUUAAUUUUGUGGUUAAGGAGUCACACUUUAACCAGGUUAUCAUGACAAAAGAGUUCGAGCAUCUCUCCACUCCCCUGAUAGUGGAGAUUGUGCGACGAAAGCAGCAGCCUCCUCCUAGGGUGUACUCUGACCAGCCUGUGGACAUCGGGACCUCCCUGGUGCAGGACAUGAAGGCCUACCUGGAGGGAAGCGGCUUUGAGUUUUGUGACAUUAUUCUGCUGUUAGAUGGUCACCCACGGCCUGCACACAAAGCCAUACUGGCAGCUCGAUCCAGUUACUUUGAGGCAAUGUUCCGCUCCUUCAUGCCCGUGGACGGUCAGGUAAAUAUAUCCAUCGGUGAGAUGGUCCCGAGUAAGCAGGCCUUUGAGUCGAUGCUGCGUUAUAUUUACUAUGGUGACGUGAACAUGCCUCCAGAGGAUUCCCUCUAUCUGUUUGCUGCACCAUAUUACUAUGGGUUUUCUAACAACAGGCUGCAGGCUUACUGCAAGCAGAAUCUCGAGAUGAACGUCACUGUGGAGAAUGUCUUGCAGAUUCUUGAGGCAGCUGAUAAGACCCAGGCUCUGGACAUGAAGAAGCACUGUCUCCACAUUAUUGUCCACCAGUUCAUCAAGGUAUCCAAGCUCCCCAACCUGAGGUCUCUCAGCCAGCUGCUGUUGUUGGACAUCAUUGAGUCGCUAGCCACACACAUAUCAGACAAACAGUGUGCCGAGAUGUGCUCCGAUAUUUAGGACGGCUCUUUUCUACUCUAGCAGAAGCCCUACAUCCCUGCUCCACCUAAUCAUUCCUUGCAUGUGUCAUACCCCACGCAACUGAUGCCUUUUAUCCACACUGUAUCGAGUUGCUGUUGUUGUUGUUGUUUGUCCCUCUGCAUCUCAGCGAGGAAUGAAAUCAGUGAAGGAACCAGAUUGUACCUAGAAUUGUUAAAUAGUGUAAAAUGAUCUUUUCAUGUAUAACUCUGCUUUUAUUUAUUUUGUACAGACAGACCUUUUUUGCAAAGAAAUUAUUCUGCUCACUGUUGCUUUUGCAUUUUUUGGGGGAUAAAUAUACAGCUCACUGUUACAUUUCAUAAUUGUGACAAUAGAAAUGGAUUAAAUCUCAUCAGAUGUAUCAUCUCAAUAAAACAUCACAUCUAUUAAAGUCAAGUGGGUUAUUUAUCUAAAUCUCUAUUCAUUGAAGUUUGUAUUAUUUACAUAUGUCUUGUGGUAAAGAAUCCAAAUCAUAUGAAAAUAUUUAUAAUAUAUCUCUGUGUUAAGUACUGUUACUGGCACAUGUCUUUGUGAUAAUUCUUACCAUUAACAAAAUCUGUGUAUCCUAUAAUACUGACCUGAGUAUUUAGUGACAUUAUUCUGUUAUCAUGCACUCGAAGCCUUAAUAAAUCUCCUACAGAAUGA